AUGCCUUCAAAAGUCCUCCGUUUUUCGAACCUAUUCAGCGGAACAAGACCAAACACGGUCUACGCACAAUUUUCUGACCAGAAGCAUCGCGAGAAUAUUGUGGAAAUUUACACCCAUGCCAAUCACAGGUCGCAUGCGUGGGUAAUCUUUUCUGUAGACGUUUCGCCGGGGGAACACGAGCAGCGGUGCUUGAAUGGAACCGAACAGAAGUACUACGCAUACGAGUCCAAUCAUGAAGAAAUUCCGUUUGACAUCACUUCUCACUCAAGCAAGAUCAAUCGGUACACCACUUUCGUUGCAGAGAAAAAAAAGGAAGCGAAGACAUCCACGCUCGUAAUUACUGGGCUUACUUCAUCAAAUUGGUCUACACAUCUUGACGAGAUCUUGUCGUUCGAGUCCGCGUAUCGUGCGAAAGAUACGGCUGGCAACAUCACGGUUCAAUUUCGCGACAUGGAGCGUGCCGAAACGAUGUGGGAGAGCAUCAAGGAGACAGGCAUGCACAAGAUAUACCACGUCACUGCUCGGUUCGUGCAUGAUGUCUACAGCGAGGAGGAAGUCAAACAGAUGUAUGGCGACGAUUCCGACGAAGAGGUUGUCAUUUAA